ACCUCUGGAGAUUUUGGGUUAGUUGGCUACUUCCCAAACCUGGUGUCUCGCCAAUUUGGCUUAACUCAAAUACUCCCUAAGAGCAUAUACUUGGAAGAGAGGGAGGUUUGUUUAGGCAAGCAUGGCAUGACAGAACCACAGUUCCAUUCAUUCUUGAACCACUUCAAUCAACCUUCUUAUGAGCUUACCCCAUUCGACUUCGCUCCCUCACAUGCCUGCACUAGGGAAUUUUUUACCUGGUGGUCUCGACACUAUGAAGGACGCCUGGUUGACAAGACUGCCUUACUCACUGCUAUCACUAAUGGGUUCGACUCAUCUAUUCUGAACAAGAUUAAGUCGAAAUUGAACGCCAGAGGUAUUCUUUUGGUUCUACUUUUACUUGCAUAAUUUUUUCACCUUGCGUGCUUUUCUCUUAUGCGCACUUCUCCAAUGCAGGGAGUAAGUCGAAGGCAGGUUCUAGCAAUUCUAGCAAACCUCUUCCUCCACCACCUAAGGUUGAACUAAAGAUUGCUUCGCGCAAAAGGUCUCAUUCAACUGAAACUCCUUCUGUUUCGAAGAAACAAAGACCUAUUCCAGCCACUUGUUCGAGUGCUCCAGAUAAGGUAUCCAUUUAGCUUAAGAUUUCUUUUUCUUUUGUCUUGAAUGUGAACUUACUAAACUGUGGCCUGUAGGAUAUUCCUGUUCUUUCGACCAUCCCUGAGCAGACUGACGCUGCCAUUAUUCAAGAUCUCCCUCAUAACGCUGAACCCAUUACUGAUGAGAAGAAGAAAAAGAAGAAGAAGAAAAAAGAACACCAACCCAACCAAGAAGGUACUCCUGAACACAAGUCCUCUGAGAUUGAGGCACAACCUGAUACUCUGGCAUCACCUGAGGGCCCUCCUUUAGAGCAAUCGGAGAGGAAGAAAAAGAAGAAAAAGAAGCACAGAAAGUCUCCUGCUGCAGCCACUGUUGUCGAGGCUUCUGCUACUGCAAAAGAAACAACUUCACAGCCUGAAGCUUCUGCUACCCCUCAAGCCCAAGUAGGCCAUUCUUACUUCUUAUUACUUCUUCAGCCCUUGACUGUGUUACUCAUUCUUUCAUGGUUUCAUUUAUUUCAGUCAAAAAGUUCUGCCCAGGUUAUUCCUCAAGAUGAGCCUGCUCCUAGCAAAGCGGCUGAAGGGAUGGUCGAAGGACCAAGUGGUACGCAUCCUGCAAGUGUGGCAGAAAAACCUUCAUCUCCUCAGCCUGUCGAAACGGCCGUCUUUACUGAAACCUCAUCACCACCCAAAGCUCUUGGCUCGCCUCACCACGCUUUCGAAGAUGAUACCCUUAAGCCUAGCAAUGAAGAAGACCAACUUGAUCAAGGCCUACCGCAACAAAGUCCUUUGACGGACCCUGCCCAAGUAUUAGCUGAAAAUGAUCCUCCAACCAAUUUUCAAGUUGACCCUGCUGCCAACCUUUCCAAUGAACAAAGGCCAACUGUUGAUGGCGAACAUUCCACUACCAAUCAACCACAACCAAGUGGGUCAAACCAUGAGUCCAGUUCACCCAGUGCUGACCUUUUCGACUCUGAUGAUGGGAACUCCUGCAUUGGUGAUUCACUUGGUGAAGAGGGAACCUCUGUGUCGAAACCUCCUCCUACUGUUGUCUUACCGGCUGAACUUGCCAAAGAGCUAAGAGAUUUAACCCCGGCAGAUGCACUCAACAAGCUUUUAUCAAGUCAUGGCGCCUCUAGCUCUGCUGUUGGGAACACGGAAGACAAGGAAGAUGCACUUGCGCAAGAACAGUUUGAGCACGAAAUCAGAUUUAGGCGAGAGAUCCUUAAUGGGGAUAUGCUGGGCCUGCUUGAACAUGAUUCUUCUAUAUACUACAAUAUCAAAGCCCUGUUUCGCAAGCUGCAGAACCCAAGGACUGACGAAGCCAUGUUCCUUUUAGUGACUCAGGCUGAAACCUUUUUAGAACAAUUCGUUAGUCAGUCUCAGCUCCUAACCAGGACUAGCAGCCUUUUGACAUCUCUGCUUGCAACCCAGCAGCACCAUUUCGAGCAAGCUAAUAAUUGCAAUGCAGAAGUCACAACUAUCAAAGCUGCCUCUGAUGAAGCUCUUGAGCAGCUUGUGGCUUGUGAGAAUAAUAUUGCUCAAUGGCAAUCUGAAAUCGAAGCGCUGAAGGAAAAGGUUCGACAGGAAGAGGCUAAGAUGGAAAAGCUAGCUGCAGUAGCUAUCGAAGCACAAAAGGUCAAGCUUGAUGAACUAGCACGUGAAGGCAUCCAACAUUACAGUGAUGGCCUAGCUGUCCAGAAACGAGUUGAGCACCUUGCUAGUGAUAAAAACAUGCUACAGCGUAAACUGGUGUCUAUUCGAACUCAGUAUUACCAAUUCCAAGCAGCCAAUCGAAAGCCUCCUUCACCAUCUCAACAACAACCUUGA